AUGGAACGUGAUGUUUUAGCUGUUCAUAAUGGUGAAAAUUGUCCCCAAAGAAUUGUGACGUGCGAGUACUGCGAGUUCCCAUUGCCUGCAAUUGAUCUUUUUGAGCAUCAGGAAGUAUGUGGGAACCGGACAGAAUAUUGUCAUCUGUGCAGAAGAUAUAUUAGAUUGCGUGAAAGAAAUGGCCAUGAAAGCAGAUGCAAUGGUGUCCAAGUUGAUAAUGAAGAAUCUUCGAGGGAUGUGGCAGCUGAAAGAGAGAAUGGUGCUCGAAGACGGGAGCCACCUGGUUAUUCACCGAGGCGCCUUCUAUUCACCAUUGCGAUAACAGGCAUUGCUGUUCUAAUAGGUUCACUUCUUUUCCAGAAGAAAACUCAGAACAAUCAAGUGCAUUAGAUGUGAUGGUGAACGCAAUGGAGGUGCCCCUAUGUGCUCUACCCUCGGGCAUAGCCAUUUACCUGAUUUGUUACCAUGUUAGAAAGGAUAUAUUUAUGUGUAUUGCACUUUUUUGAGAUUGAGUUAAUACCAAGACAAGUUAUGCAUCCCAUUCACUGGAUGGGAUGACGUUCACCACCCAAUUUCAGUAAAUACCUGAAACUGAUGACAAAUACAAAUUUGUGCUUUUACUAUGGGAUUGUUUUUUCAUGAUAGUGCUGCCCGGG